AUGACUGGCGGCAAAUCUGGCGGCAAGGCCUCUGGCUCCAAGUCUGCUCAAUCCCGUUCCUCCAAGGCCGGUCUCGCCUUCCCCGUUGGCCGUGUCCACCGUCUGCUCCGCAAGGGCAACUAUGCUCAGCGUGUCGGUGCCGGUGCGCCCGUCUACCUGGCUGCCGUUCUUGAGUACUUGGCUGCCGAAAUCCUCGAGUUGGCUGGCAACGCUGCUCGCGACAACAAGAAGACCAGAAUCAUCCCCCGUCACUUGCAGCUCGCCAUCCGCAACGAUGAGGAGUUGAACAAGCUGCUCGGCCACGUCACCAUCGCCCAGGGUGGUGUUCUGCCCAACAUUCACCAGAACCUCCUGCCCAAGAAGACCUCCAAGGGUGGCAAGAACCCCAGCCAAGAGCUGUAG